AUGAUUUGGAAGUUUGCUAUUUAUUACCAGUUUUGUUAUAUCUCAAAAACGACAGAUUGGGUAUCACUUGACGUAACAGAGACAACCACCGACCAAUCAGAAGAAAGUUUGUCUACGUCACAUUAG